AAGUUAUCUAAUGAAAUAAAAUUUCGAUUCAUGAUAUGAGUGAUCAUGAUAAUUUGGAAACCUUGGACGAGCACCCAGAAAUUAUAAUGAGCAUUGAUGAAAAUCCAUUCGAAACCUCUAAUCCUCCGGAUACAGUAGUUUUAUCUUCCGGUACCGCUAAUAACGAAGCAACAUACGGAAUUGACGAAACGGUAUACACUAAAAUAAGGAAGCGUAGUGUUUCCAAAUUACAGUCCGAUACUUCGAUUCUUGAUAAACCGAUUGAAUACAGACCAUUGGGCAGUCCUCAUCUACCUCAACCGAUAAAAUUACAAAUGUGGUUGCAUAUACCAAGAAAUUGGUUUGGGCCUCGAUCGAAUCCUCAGUGUGUGCGCUGGAACGCUCACGUAAACCUAUGGACCCGGCUAGGCUGUCAAACCGACAUUCCCGAUUAUGAAUCAUUAGCUACAAAUGAAAGCGUCUUCAUCAAUUGCACCUGCAGUCAAAUAUCCAGCUAUGCCGUAUUAGUGGACGUAAUUGAUCCAGAAAUCAUUCCUGAACCAUCACUGUUGGUACAAAUUACAUCGUUUUCGGCGUUCCUGAUCUCACUACCGGUGCUGUUCUCCGUCAUUAUUUCCCUAGCGCUUUUGCGUGGCCUGCAAACAAACUCGAAUACCAUCCAUCAGAAUUUGCUGUUUUGUAUUUUUUAUCGCCGAGAUGCUAUUUUCGUCGGAAUCCAAGCACGGAAAGAAUUGGUCGACAACGAGUUCUCAUGCAAGUUGGUUGCGAUAGUGCUACAUUACGCUUGGCUAGCGUCAUUCGCGUGGACUACAGUAGACUGUGUGCAUUUGUAUCGUAUGUUGACAGAAAUGCGCGAUAUUAACCAUGGUCCCAUGGGUUUCUAUUACACGCUUGGAUAUGGCGCACCGGCACUUCUGGUAGGACUUUCUGUAGUGCGCGUCCAUGAAUAUGGAAAUAAUAUGUUUUGCUGGUUAUCGGUAUACGAGUCUGUAAUAUGGUGGUUAGUAGGACCAAUCGUUAUUAUGUCGGUUUUGAAUCUUCUGAUACUGUUCCUGUCAGUGAAGGCUGCUUUCACGAUAAAGGACCAUGUUCUAGGAUUUGGAAAUCUUCGAACGCUGCUGUGGCUUUCUGUAGUGUCAUUACCUUUAAUGGGUAUUAUGUGGGUUCUUGCAGUGUUAGCCGCAUCCGAAAGUUCGCAAACGUUAAAAGUUUUGCUUUCAGUAGUUGUAAUCAUACAUGCGUUUUUUUCCAUAAUUGGGUACUGCAUAAUAAAUAAGCGUGUGCGAGAAAAUCUCCACAGAACAUUGUUGAGAUGCCUAGGAAGAAAAGUUCCUCUGCUUGAUUCAUCUUUAGCAGUCAGCAGUAGCUCUCAAAACAUUGGACAAACUCCAAAAACUCCUGGAUUUGCAAGCCAAUACGAGACUGCACGAAGGAAUAUAGGAAUUAGCACUUCCAGCACGACAUCCAGAAGUACAGCCAAAACUAGUUCCAGCCCAUAUAGGAGUGAUGGACAAUUUCAACACACAUCGACGUCCACAUCGAAUUAUAAUUCUAACAGCGACGGGGUGCCUUCUUACAUGCGUGGUUACGAUGGAAAGGGAAUGCGAAAAUCAAAGAAUCCAACGACGGUUCCCCACGCCAGGAAAGGACGACGUCAUAGACGAGAUUCAGAUUCUGGAAGCGAAACAGAUGGCAGAAGUUUGGAACUAGCAUCCAGUCAUUCGAGUGAUGAUGAAGAAUCCCGUGUAGGUCGUAAUAGUAGCACACAUCGCAGUUCUGGUGUCUGCUCCACUGGAUAUCUCCCAAAUAUUACCGAACAUGUAGUCACUACGCCACCAGAACUGCAUGUUGUGCAGAGCCCUCAGCUUUUUCCUAAUGUCAAUGCAACACGAUGGUCGAGUCAAGUUCCAGAAUCGUACUUGAUUGCAACUAACGCUGGUCGUUGGUCGCAAGAUACUGGAUCCGAUAAUGAGGCACAUCCUCAUAACUCUGGAAUACAAAACAUUCUACCGAAUCCCGAUUUAACGGAUACAUCAUAUUUACAUCAAACUCGAAUGAACAUGCCACCUUCAAUACUAGAAAAUAUCCAAGAAGGUUAUAAUUUCUCUAACCAAGAUUUAAGACAUAAAAAGUACAAUGAUCAAGGAAACGACACGUAUGCAGAUAGUUACAGAGAUUACGAAGGAAAUCAUCAGCAUGACACAAUGCCUUAUGUUACCGGUGGGGACUUAAAUCACUUAUCCGGUUCAACACAAGUUAUCAACCAUAUGCGUUCGUACAACCAUGAAAGCCCUUAUGCUCUCAAAGAAUCUCUAUACGAUAGAUCUAGAACUCUUGGUUACAAGGCUGAAUCUCAGUAUAUGUCGAAAGAGCGAAUAUCUUCAGAUUUGUACAGUCCUAGAUCAGAUGCACAUGGGUCCUUCAAAUCCAGUGUUCAAUCUUUAUUGAAGAACGACUAUCAACGUCACAAACAAGGUGCUGAUUCGGACCGUAUGUCGGAAGGUUCCGACAAAAACCCAUACAACUUUCCUUACACCGCAGAAGAAGAUCAUUCAAGCCACACAACUACGAGAUCGAACGAUGGAACCAAUCAUGCAAUGCACCGGUUCAACAACUCUUCUACAAUUCAACCAAUGGCGCCUUUGACUAAUAUAAACGAUAAUAACGAAUGGUGUUGGGAACGGCUAAAAAGCCUGGAAUAAACUAUACGUUGAAAUAUCAUCGAAAACAAAGUAAGGUUUGAAUUUGCAUGGAAUUGUAACAUGAUUUUACAUUAUACUUUUUUUUUUAAUUGUAUGCCUUAUUUAUUUCAUUGUAACAUUCACCUCAUCUUACCUAUUUUGAAACAUUGACACAGAUAUUAUAAUAGUUUUUUUUUUCCUGGUCGGGUAUGCCACUGCCACUGCUGUGCCACGUAGAUCUAUUGUAGUAUUCCCCGUAUCCUUAGUGUAUAAGCGCUGUUUGAAUUACUCCAUUAUUAUUGAUAAGCAAUGCAGUAUCGGUUUCGAUACAGUUCUUGUUCUCAAGAGCAUCAUGACAAGGUCCCGCUAUUUAAAUCCUUCACAGAGAGCUCAUGUUUAAAGUGUAUUAGAUGGUGUUGUGUAAUGAAAUACAAUAUUUAAAUUGGCAAAAUCUAUUGUAAGACCA